CAUUCCAAAUAAAUGUUGUUUUUUUUUUUUUUAUCAAAAGAUAUAUAUACUGACUUAAGAGACUUUUUUAAGAAUUUUUUAUAUGCAUACAUAAACAGGAGUGGGAUCUCAGUUGGAUAGCAGUGGGCACCCCAAGCCUCUACUGGACCAGGAGUAGAGCAUUAUAAAAUAUUAGCCUCUUAACUUUAAGGGAAAGUAUGCAUUUAAUACGAUUGGUUCAGGUUGAAGAAGUGGAUUAGGUUGCCGAAACAUCUAGCAAUGUGGAGCAGUUUCACUUUACCACGUUCACUUUACCCAUUGAAGUAUUAAAGUGUAGAAGCUGGAAUCAACAUUUUCGAUAAGGAGACCCCUGCUGCAAAAUGCUAGCCAGAGUUAUAUUUUGCUCUACGGUCUCUUUGGCCAUUUUGGCAGUCGUUCUAUUGGCUUUUCUCUCGCCCAUACCCCAUAGAAAGUCAUCACAGAGUCACACAAGGCCGCCAUGGCUGGCUCUGUCCUUGUACCUCCAACAACCACACACUAUAAGCUCUAGCUCGCAACCCGUGGCAAGGUCCGAUGCCGAAGCAUUCAUCUUUCAUCGUACGCUCACAGAGGGACCUGAGAACACUUCCCGGGUCGUGGGAAAAGCCCAGAGCUUCAUAGUUCCUGUUGAAGACUUUGCUCACUCGGCGUUCAAUAUCAUAUAUCUGACCUUCGACACUUCCGAGUAUUCCGGCAGCCUUAGUGUCGAGGCCAAGCAUGUCGCUCAUAGGGACGCAGAACAACUCACUGUGGUGGGCGGGACAGGGUCUUUUGCUUUUGCACGUGGGCUUGCUGUUUUUGCUCAGACCGAUCACCAACCAUCUGACAUGGAUGCAUCCUACCGCGUAAAACUUCAACUUAGAUUUCCAAAUCGAUCUCAGACAAUACCAGGAUGAUUCAUAGGUCUGGAAUGUUACUGUCUUGCUUAAUUUUUUGUUUGCAAUAUAUAUUAUAAUUAUUUCUUUGACUCGAGAAAGUCCAAAAUGUAAAAGCGUCUCAAAGGAGGCUGAAGGCCUGUUUGUAGAACAUUUAUAAUUAUAUAACUAUGACCACAUGAAUUAUAGCUCAGUAUUACGACAUUCAUGAA